GCCGACCGCCGCGAAAAGGAGCGCUACUUCUUCACGAGGCUGAAGAAAACCGGAAAGAGAUUCUCGCGCAACGUGGGGAAAGGGGGGACUUGGUCCAACAAAGGCCAGGCCACCCCAAUUUUCGGCGACGACAAAGGCGUGAUCUUAGGCUACAGGAGAACUUUCAGGUACCGGCCGGCCAAGACUAACUCCUGCGAAGACGACGACUAUGUGUGGCUGAUGACGGAGUACGUUCUUCCCGACACCGCCUUGAAGUCAAACGCCAUUAAAGAAGAUUCCAAGAAUUAUGCUCUGUGUGUUCUCAAGCGAAAAUGGCAGGGGAAGGGCUCGACCAAUUGUUCGUGUUCUUCGUGUGUUGUUGUGUCGAUUCCUCCUGCCGAUUGUGUGGUUUUUGGAGAGUCGGGUUCGAAGGAGACGGUGGAUUGGGCCCACGAGCUGGAUCUUCUAUUGAGCAGUAGUAGUAGUUGUUUGCCGCCUUCGGUUGAUGGUGCGGUUUUCGGAGAAUCUGGCACUCACGAAGAGGAUUGGGUUCGUGAGUUGGAGGGGAGUAUUAUGAAUAAUCACGAUGAAGUUGAGAGUGUUGCUGCUAAUUGUUUGCCGCCUUUGGUCAAUGAUGUGGUUUUCGAAGAAUCGGGUACUCAAGAGGCGAACGACGAGGAUUGGGUUGGUGAGUUGGAGAAGAGUAUUAUGGAUAAUCAUGAUGACGUGAUUUUCGGAGAGUCGGGCACUCAAGAGACUGGUGACGAGGAUUGGGUUCGUGAGCUGGAGGAGAGUAUGGAUCACGAUGAUGGUGAGUGCCUCGAGAAGCCUAUUGAUGACGAGGAUUGGAUUCGCGAGCUCGAGGAGAGUAUGGAUCACGAAGGAGAGCCUAUUAAUGACGAGAGUCGAUUUACGAACGAGUCGAAUCCUGUGGACGAAAGUUUCGAAAAGGAGCUGAUGGAUUUCUUCGACUUUGAGCUGCCAGCCGACGAGCCCUCUCUGUGGGACAAUCUACCUGACGAUGGCCGAUUUUUCUGGAAGGAAGACUACUCCACCAUUGAUAUAAUGUCUGCUCUAUCUGCAACAGGUGUGGGAUUUUCAUGGCCCUCAACAAAACCAACACAACCCACAAAUGAAAGCAAAAAACACAUAUGGAUAUCAUCAAAAACAUCCUCUCAAAUUCCCAAUAAGAAACCUGCAACAUCCCUGAAAACCCUCAAAUCCCGUAAAAAACAAAAUUUCAGAACAAGAACCCUUUUUUUCUCCCAAGUUCCAAUUUUUCUUCACACCCUUCAUCUCUCAUCCUCAGCUGCAACUUUAUCUAGUGACCCUUUUGAUAAGAUCAUCAAGAUUUCAAAAAAUCCAUGGCUUACGUACAGGCUUGCGCUUGCUGAUUUGGAUCCUGCAACAGCCAAGCUGGCAAUUGGGUUUUUGGGGCCCUUUUUGUCAGCAUUUGGGUUUUUGUUCAUUGUGAGGAUAGUGAUGUCUUGGUACCCAAAACUGCCGGUUGAGAAGUUCCCAUAUGUAAUAGCUUAUGCGCCCACAGAGCCUCUGCUUGUUCAGACAAGGAAGCUUAUACCGCCAUUGGGUGGAGUUGAUGUUACACCUGUUGUCUGGUUUGGUCUGCUGAGCUUUCUCAAUGAGAUUUUGGUGGGCCCACAGGGGCUUCUUGUUCUUUUGUCUCAGCAGGUUUAG